GUCAAACAGUACUUGCAUUUGCGACAGCCGAUAGCGUUUUUCGUUAUUAUUUGAAAUAUAUCCAAAGAACGAAUUUGUGGUUAAGUGAAAAGUAUCAUUAUUUUUUUGUUUUAAACAACAAAAAAAUAAAGCUUUGUUCGUGAUCGUAUAAUGUGUUAUUUCAUCGGUUAAGUUAAAGUUCAAACGUUCAAUUGUUAUCAUGUCCAGUACUUUAAAUACGGAAACAAAAGAAAAUUUGUCAAGUGAAAUAAAACGAUUGCAAGAAAGAUGUCUCGACAUUUGUAACAUAAUAGAAAACUCUCCCUUCGAUGCGUCAAUAUCCGUAAAUAAUGUAGGAGAAAAAGCGCUUAGUUAUGUAGAAGGUUUACGAGCGGAGAUACAAAAUUCCACUACGCACAUACCGACUGACGAAAACUUAAUAGUAACUCAAUAUCUUGCUGAAAUUAAAAAAAAGACUGAACAAGUUGAGGAAUUUACCGCAUUCACAAAAGGAAGCAUUCAUGACAUUGAAAUUGAAAUAAAAAGGUUAAAUGAUUUGACAAGUACAGCAAAAGAAGCACUUUCUCGACCUAGGAUAGUACAGCGAGAAGUUAGACCAGAACACUUACAAAAAGCUAAAGAAACAUUCCACAUUUUAAAAACAGAACUUCAUGCUCUCAUUGAAUCAUUGUUCCCAAAUGAGAGUGAUUCUGUUGUUGAAGUUAUGGGGCAAUUAAUGCAGGAAAAGCUUAACGAAGAAUCCAACGGUUACGUUCUAAUUAAUCAGGAAAACUUCAAGAUAAUAAAAUUCUUAGUUGAUAUGAACAUAGUGACAGCUAACCCUUAUAAUGCAAUGGAAGUAAAAAUUGCCUAUUAAUUAUAGAAUGUAUUUAUUUAAGGAUU